GUGCUGAAGGUCAUGUGACGUUCACAAAGCGCGCGCAUCCGCCGUCAUUUUUGUUGACAUCAACAUCGAUCCCGGUCGGUAGUGUUUAUGUUUUCUCAUCUAGUUUACCCGAACUUCUAAUUAUAAUUUAAUUUUACGCUAAUCUACGUUGAUUAUUCAGUUUAAAGAGUUUAAAAACUGAAGGUACUGCGUGAAGUAAAGGUUUUAAGUGAAUCAUUACGUUAACAAUAAAAAUUACAAAAUUACAAAUUACAAAUCAUCCAAACGCACAGUGAAAUGGCCAACCUUAAACCACUCCACUGUUUGAAUCUCGACGCAAAUCAACAGAAAAACUUUUUAAAGUUUUUCAGGACGCUUCCAGAAAAACCCGCUACAACCGUGCGUUUCUUCGAUCGUUCCGAUUAUUACAGCUGCCAUGGAUCGGACGCUGAGUUUGUCGCCAAAUGUGUGUUCAAAUCAACAAAUGUGGUCAAAAUCAUGGCUCCGGCAGGAUCGGACCAAGAGGUACCGUACGUGGUGCUGAGUAAGAAUAACUUCGAAAGUUUUGUGCGCGAUCUUCUGUUGGUGCGCAACUACCGUGUAGAGGUCUACACCAACAAGGGACCCAUGAAGACUUCCAAUGACUGGGUGUUGGAGUUCAAGGGCUCGCCUGGAAAUUUGUCGCAAUUUGAAGAUCUCCUUUUCGCCAACAAUGACAUGGUGGCCGGAUCGGCCUUGAUUGCCCUCCAUGUGAAACCACAGGGUAAGCAGAAAAUGAUUGGAAUCGCGUGCAUUGAGAACAACGAGCGAACAUUUUCGGUGUCCGAAUUCAUGGAUAAUGAUUUUUACUCCGAGUUGGAAGCGAUGGUGGUGCUGCUGGGCCCGAAGGAGUGCAUUCUUCCAGCUUCCGAUGCCGAGUAUGAACGAAUCAAGACCCUUAUGGAGAGAAACAACGUAAUCGUCACAUUAAAAAAGAAGCAAGAUUUUUCUCUGGAAAAGAACGACGUAAUUCAAGACUUGAACAAACUGCUAAGAUUCGCAAAGGGUCAAAAGGAAAGUGCCAACACAAUGCCGGAAACGGCGAAAACUAUUGCCUUGGCAGCACUGGGUGUUGCCAUACGAUAUUUGGAGUUGGUGAACGAGUCAUCCAAUCAUGGCCACUACGAGCUAAAGAUGCUGAAUCUGAAAAGGUUUGUCCAUCUGGAUGCAGCCGCAGUAUCUGCAUUGAAUCUCUUUCCCAAACCGGGGGCUCUCAUGAAUUCGGCUGCCUUCAAGUGGCACAGCGUUUUGGGCGUUCUCGAUCGCUGUCGCACCCCUCAGGGACAUCGUUUAAUGGCUCAAUGGCUCAAACAGCCACUGCGCAGCUACGACAUCAUAAAGGAUCGUCAUGACAUCGUGGAGUGCUUCGUCGACAGUGCAACCGUUCGGUCUGAGUUACAUGACACUCACAUGAAACGACUUCCAGACAUUCUCAUCGUCGUCAAGAAACUACUCAGAAAAAAAGCAUCCUUACAGGAUAUCUUUCGGCUAUAUCAAGUAGUUUUGAGGAUGCCGAAAAUAAUCCGUCUGUUGGAGACGCUUGAGAACCCGACCGUACGAAACAUCAUCAACGAUCCAAUGAGAGAUACCUUGGCGGAUCUCAAACUGUUCAAGUCGAUGGUCGAACAGAUACUUGAUCUGGAAGCGGUUGAGCGGGGUGAAUAUCUGGUGAAGCAUACCUUCGACGAGCAACUGAAAGAGUACAAAGAGCAGAUGGAUGAUCUCGAAGGCAAAAUGAAACGAUUGCUUUCCAAGGUGGCUGAUGAAUUAGGACUAGAUGCUGGAAGUUCUAUCAAGCUGGAAUUUGUGGGACACCAUGGAUUCCACUUUAGAAUUUCUCUUAAAGACGAAACCAUCAUCCGGAAAAACACAAAAUAUCAGACCCUGGAUGCCGUUAAGGGUGGAGUCAGAUUCACAAGUGAGAAGCUUGCCGACUACAACGCUGACUUUGCCACCUCAAAGGCAUCGUACGAGGAGCAACAGAAAACUAUAGUCGACGAGGUGGUUCGAAUCGCUAUCGGGUACGUUGAGCCAUGGACCAUGCUAAACAACCAAAUCGCCCAGCUGGACUGCUACUUGAGUUUCGCCAUAGCAGCCGUCAGUGCUCCCGAGCCAUACGUCCGGCCGAAAAUGUUUCCGGAAGGAGAAGGUCGUUUGAAGCUGACGCAGCUGCGUCACCCAUGCUUGGAGUUGCAGGAAGAUGUGAGCUUCAUUGCAAAUGACGCAGUUUUUCAGAAGAACGAAACGAUCAUGUACAUUAUUACCGGUCCCAACAUGGGAGGCAAAAGUACUUACAUUCGAUCCGUUGGGGUAGCCGUUCUUAUGGCUCACGUGGGAGCAUUUGUUCCUUGUUCGGAAGCUGAGAUUACUCUUAUUGAUUCGAUUUUGGGUCGAGUAGGAGCAGAUGAUAACCUCAGUAAAGGCCUCAGUACUUUCAUGGUAGAGAUGGUUGAGACUGCUGGCAUUAUUCGUACCGCGACCGAUAAGUCAUUGGUGAUCAUCGAUGAGCUAGGUCGGGGCACAUCCACCUAUGAAGGAUGUGGCAUCGCUUGGUCCAUCGCAGAAUACCUUGCCAAGGAAACGAAAUGCUUCACGCUGUUCGCAACGCAUUUCCAUGAGAUAACUGAAAUGGCAGAGACGCUUACGACCGUCAAAAGUUGCCAUAUGAAUGCCAUUGCCGACAACGACAACUUUACUUUGCUGUACCAGGUCAAACCUGGCGUCAUGGAGAAAAGCUUCGGAAUACAAGUUGCAAAGCUUGCCAAAUUUCCCAACGAAGUUGUUAAGUUGGCCCAAAAGCUGUACGAAGAAUGCGAAGACCAUUACGCACAACUGCAGAUUGAGAAAGAUGACGAAGGAAUGCAGAUAUUGAAAGCAGCUCUAGUAAAAAUUGCUAAUGUUGACACGAACAAUGAUGACUCCAUUGGCGCCAUGCUGCAAGAUGUCCGUACGUGUGUCAGACAGUCCGGGAGCACAUACUUUAGAAAAACAUUCCCACAUCUCUAUGUAUAACUGUUUGUUAAUCAGACAGGAACAUCUUAUUUUUUUUUUUUGAAAGUACAAAAUAAGUUUAAGCAAUCAUCACUGACAUUAAUAAAUGAAAUUGAUUGAUUAUUUUUA